AUGAACGAUACGGCGACCGAGUGGUCGCUUAGACACCCUAGACUUGAUGACUUCAGGUUCCGUAUCCACCACGUCGUCUUGGUGGCUUUCCUGCCUCUCCUGCUGGACUAUGCUUGGAUGUUAUAUAUGAGAUGGAGAAUGCCUCCAGGACCUUGCCCGUGGCCCAUCGUUGGCAAUACCUUUUCUCUCCCAGACGUGAAGCCAUGGUAUCAUUUCGAACGAUUAUCGAAAGAGUACAAGUCUCCUGUCAUCACCUUCUGGAUUGGGAGGAACCCAACUGUCUGGAUCAACGACGCCUGGGCUGCGAACGAACUUCUUGUCAAACGCGCAGGCGUCUAUUGCUCGAGGCCGCGCAUGCUGGUGUUUGCUGAACUCGGAGCCGGCCAAUCGAACUUGCUGAACAUGUACACCAUUACUCCCGCGCAGAGAGACCGCUUCAGAAUCCAACGGAAGCUUACCCAUCAGGGUAUUGGAGUGCAGCAGGUCAUACGCUACAGGAAUUUCCAGAACGACGAAAGCAAGGUCGUGGCAUACGACCUGCUCACGACGCCCGAAGAAUAUGUUGAACACUUCGAGCGGUACGCCACAUCUGUCGUUUCGAUCAUUGGCUUCGGGCGUAGAGUCGCAAGCAACAAGGACCCCAUCAUCACCGAAGUGAUCGCACUAAUGCACCGUGCUGCUUCACUAAACGUCCCAGGCAAGACCUUCCCCAUGCUUAUGGAGACCUUUCCCUGGCUAGCGAAGUUCCCCAACUGGAUGGCCCCGUGGAAGCACGGCCUGGGCUCCACCAGGAAGUCAAAGCACACCAACCACGACUUCUUCUACUCGCUCGCCGCCGAAGCCAACGCGUCCGACCGCGCCAACUACUCCAAGUUCCUGUUCCAAGAAACGCCAAAGUACAACGUCCAGCCGCUCGAAAUAUCAGCCCUCUCUGCAAACCUGCUCGGCGCCGGCUCAGACACCUCGAGCAGCACCCUCAUCACCGCCGUCCUCGCCAUGCGCGCCUUCCCAGACGCCCUCCGUCCCGCCUGGCAAGAACUCGACCGCGUCGUCGGCAAAUCGCGCAGCCCCGCCUUCGACGACGACCUCCCCUACAUGCGCGCCCUGGUCAAAGAAGUCUUCCGCUGGCGCUCCGUCGCCAUCAUCGGCGGCAUGCCCCAUGCGCCCGUUGCAGACGACUACUGGAACGGGUACCUCAUCCCCAAGGGGUGCUGGACGCAGGGAAACGUCUGGGCGAUCCACCACAACGAGCGCGACUUCCCAGACCCGGAUCGAUUCAAUCCGCGUCGCUACUUCGAUACCGACGACGCACGCCCGUUCCCCGGCGAGAAGGGGUAUAUGACGUUUGGCUGGGGACGAAGGUCGUGCGCGGGCCAGUAUCUGGCGGAGCAGGGCACGUAUUUGAGUGUUGCGCGGUUGGUGUGGGGGUUUAGGGUUGGGCCGGCGGUGGAUAAGGCGACGGGAGAGGAGAUUCCCGUGGAUAUAUUUGACUAUACGGAUGGUUUGAACUGGAGGCCGCGGCCCUUCAGGGUGUUGUUCAAGCCUCGAGAUGAGGAGAUUAGGCGGACGAUUGUUCGGGAGGGGGAGCAGGCGCUGAGGGAUCUCGCGGAGUUUGAUGGGGAGUCGAAGUAUAGGUUUAGCACGUUUUUCGAGUAG